AUGAGUUACUGGAGUCUGGAUAAGAAAAGCUGUCUGCAGUACUGCAGGCACUUCUUGGUGGACAAUGGUGUAUUUCAUGUUGAAAGAUGCAUGAGUGUUAUGCAGUCUGGGACUCAGAUGGUUAAGCUGAAGAGUGGAACCAAAGGGCUAGUUCGUCUCUUCUACCUGGAUGAGCACAGGACCUGCAUCCGAUGGAGACCGUCCAGAAAAAGCGAAAAGGCAAAAAUUGUCAUCGAUUCCAUUUACAAAGUCACUGAAGGCCGGCAGUCUGAAAUCUUCCACCGCCACGCAGAGGGGAACUUUGACCCAAGCUGUUGCUUUACCAUUUACCAUGGCAACCACAUGGAGUCACUGGAUCUGAUUACAUCUAACCCAGAGGAAGCUCGCACCUGGAUCACAGGACUGAAAUAUUUGAUGGCUGGAAUAAGUGAUGAGGACUCGCUUGCUAAGCGACAGAGAACACACGAUCACUGGGUCAAACAGACCUUCGAGGAGGCUGACAAGAAUGGAGAUGGACUGCUGAAUAUUGAAGAGAUCCACCAGCUGAUGCAUAAACUAAAUGUUAACCUGCCCCGUAGGAAGGUCCGGCAGAUGUUUCAGGAAGCAGACACAGAUGAGAACCAAGGAACCCUAAAUUUUGAAGAAUUUUCAGUGUUUUACAAGAUGAUGUCCUUACGUCGCGAUCUCUACUUAUUGCUCUUAAGCUACAGUGACAAGAAGGAUCACCUCACUGUUGAAGAACUUGCUCAGUUUCUAAAGGUGGAACAAAAGAUGAAUAAUGUGACGCCAGAAUAUUGUCUUGACAUCAUACAGAAGUUUGAAGUAUCAGAAGAAAACAAGAAGCAAAAUGUUCUUGGGAUUGAAGGUUUCACCAACUUCAUGCGCAGUCCUGCUUGCGAUAUAUUUAAUCCACUGCAUUGCGAAGUGCAUCAGGAUAUGGAUCAACCCCUUUGUAACUACUUUAUUGCUUCAUCUCACAAUACAUACCUGACAGGAGACCAACUGCUGUCCCAGUCCAGAGUGGAGAUGUAUGCACGAGUGCUGCAAGAUGGUUGUCGAUGUAUCGAAGUGGAUUGCUGGGAUGGUCCAGAUGGAGAGCCAGUAGUGCACCAUGGCUAUACUCUUACUUCUAAAAUACUCUUCCGUGAUGUGGCAGAAACUAUCAAUAAAUACGCCUUCAUCAAAAAUGAGUUUCCAGUGAUACUGUCUAUUGAAAACCAUUGCAGUAUUCAACAGCAAAAGAAGAUCGCUCAGUACUUGAAGGAGAUAUUUGGUGACAAACUGGACUUAUCAUCUGUAAUCGCUGGAGAUUCCAGACAGCUUCCUAGCCCUCAAAAUUUGAAAGGGAAAAUCCUAGUGAAGGGUAAAAAGUUGCCAUACAGUCUUGGAGCAGAUGCUGAGGAAGGAGAAGUUUCAGAUGAGGAUAGCGCUGAUGAAAUUGAAGAUGACUGCAAACUAAAGCCCUGCUAUAGUAAUGGUGCAACUGAGCACCAGGUGGAAUCUUUUAUAAGAACAAAACUGGAAUCUCUGAUAAAAGAAUCCCAAAUCAGGGACAAAGAAGAUCCUGACAGCUUCACUGUGAGAGCCCUGCUAAAGGCAACUCAUGAGGGUUUAAAUGUUAACCUGAAGCAGAACCAGGACGUGAAAGAAGGUGGAAAAAAGUCUCAUAGUCGAUCAUUAAUGGGCAACUUUGGUAAACACAAAAAGGCUGUGAAGGCAGCAUCCAAAUACCAUAGUGCAUCAGAUGAGGAAGAAAGCCAGCAGAACUCUUCUGGGAAGGAAACGGGGCAGCUCCACAGACUGGCUCGUCGAAGAAAAACAGUGAAGCUCUGCCGAGCUCUGUCUGACCUAGUGGUGUACACGAACUCUGUGGCAGCCCAGGAUAUAGUAGACGACGGAUCAACAGGGAAUGUGCUAUCAUUCAGUGAAACGAGAGCCCACCAAGCAGUGCAGCAGAAGGCCGAACAGUUUAUGCUUUACAACCAGAAACAGCUUACAAGGGUCUAUCCAUCAGCCUAUCGGAUUGACUCCAGCAAUUUCAAUCCUUUACCUUACUGGAAUGUUGGUUGCCAGUUAGUGGCACUAAACUACCAGUCUGAGGGACGCGUGAUGCAAUUAAAUGAAGCAAAAUUUAGGGUAAACGGCAACUGUGGUUAUGUCCUCAAACCUCAGCAGAUGUGCAAAGGCACAUUCAACCCCUACUCUGCUGAUCCACUUCCUGCCAGUCCUAAAAAGCAGCUUAUUCUGAAAAUCAUCAGUGGACAGCAGCUGCCUAAGCCUCCUGACUCAAUGUUAGGAGACAGAGGAGAGAUAAUAGAUCCCUUUGUUGAGGUGGAAAUUAUUGGGUUACCUGUUGACUGCUGUAAAGAUCAGACCAGGGUGGUUGACGACAACGGGUUUAAUCCUGUCUGGGAGGAAACACUCACUUUUACCAUCCACAUGCCCGAAAUAGCUUUGGUGCGAUUUCUUGUUUGGGACCAUGAUCCUAUUGGGCGAGACUUCGUUGGACAAAGAACUCUGGCCUUUAGCAGUCUUGUGCCUGGUUAUCGUCAUGUGUAUUUAGAAGGACUGACAGAAGCAUCCAUAUUUGUUCAUAUAACCAUAAAUGAGAUCUAUGGAAAGAAUAAGCAGCUGAUAGGACUCAGAGGGUUGUUUAACAAGAACCCUAAGCACAAUUCUGCUGAAACCAGCGGGCACUAUGUACGGAAGCGAUCUAUUGGUGAUCGAAUUCUCCGGCGCACAGCCAGUGCACCAGCAAAAGGUAGAAAGAAAAGUAAGAUGGGUUUCCUGGAAGCUACUGAAAUUAAAGACAGUGCAUCUGAACCAAUAGACUUGAAAGACAAAGAAGGAGUUGUAAGGCGUACAAGCCGGAGUUUGCAAGCACGUCCUGCUUCUAUGCCUGUGGACAAAUAUCUUCUUGCAGGACUGCCGUGCCCAGAAGAUGAAACUGCCCAAGAUGCCAAAGGAAAAGAAAACGCAUCUGCCAACAGUGAUGACAAUACAAAUGAGAAGGAAACAAACUUGAAAGAAUCUGUUUUUCCAUGUUCUGAGAAAACAGCAAAUACUUCAAAUUUGGCAUCUCAAUUUAAGAAGGAGAAUGACCAGAAGGAGACUGCAGUUGACUCCUUAGUACCACCUCUACAGGAGCAACCUGAAAAUUUAGCUUUUGCAAGUGGUGUGGCUGAAACAAAUUGCCUCAUAGACUAUCAGGAAAAUAAUCUUUCUGAUGACACUGUCCCUCUAAUGCAAGACUCCGAUUUUGAACUUUCCACAGAAAAAACACGUGACAAAAACUGUGCAGACAGUAAAAAGGAAGAUGACACAAAAGGGUCUAAGGAGGAGAAAAUAACUCUUGUGGGGAUUUCCCUUUCUCAAAAAGUAGAGAUGGAAAAUCACAAAUAUGACAUCAUCAAGAAGAACACUGCAGCACCUCUUUCUUUGACCGAUAGUUCUUCUACCAUUUGCUCUAAUGCUCCUGAUUUGCACUCCACUUUAACCAUGCAAGACAGUGACAUUUCUCGCCUUAUAGAUGAAGUUUCUUUAGCAAAUGAGAGCGAGAUGGAUAGCGCUGUCUCAGCUCUGAUCGGACAGUUUGAUGUCACAGGUGACCAAACUAAUCUUACCGCUGUCUCAAGCCUCCACGGCACUAGCAGCCAGACCUUCAGUAUGAUGGCUACACACCCACACAUGCUUACCCCGGAUCUUAACAGUCCCUGUAAGCACUUUACUACCACAAAAUCCAUCAAAUCCCCUUUAUUCUCAACUCCAGAUACUACCAUGUUCUCCAGCCCUGAGACUGCAGAGUAUUCUGUGUACACAAUUAUCCAUGAGGCAACUCUUACACCGGCUUCUGAGUGUAAGACCCACAGUGAAUUAGUUUGCAAGAAAAAGUUAAAUAGUAUAGAAAAUAACUUGCCUAGCUCUCCUUCUCCUUCACCUCUCUCUUUGCUAAAUGCAAAUCCCAAAAGAAAACGUGGAACAAGCUGGGAAGCCCCUGAGUCUGCCAGUUCUUUUGCUUCCAAUAGCCUCAUCUUUGAGGAGACGCUUGUUGACCCUCUCACAGGUGAAAAUUCAGAAAGCAGCAGUCUUGUAGAAGUAGAUGGGGAUUCUCAAGAUCUCUUGGUAACUGCAUGUGAGUACAAAAGGGAAGACAUGAGCCAGUUGGCUUCCCCUUUGAAAUUGAGGCAAAAGCAGGACGCUGGGCAUGGUGGUGAGAGGACCUGUGGGAAUAGCGCAACCAUUGAGCUCUGUGCUGCUGCCCUGGACUGCUUGGAUAAUAUCAGGACUGCAGGGACUCAGCUCCCUUUUCCAAUGUGUGAAAAUGUUGGCUUUUUGUAUCAUCAUCGUUCAGAUAAGCAGAAAAAUGUAAUGUGUACCUCUGAGAGAUCCCAGCUCAACAUACCCUCACCGGUGCUCAAAAAUGCUUUGGCUUUCCCGCCUCAUUCAGCCAUGAAGCAGACUAGCCCUUGCAAAUCCAAGAGUCUUGGUGACUUGACAUCAGAGGAUAUUUCCUGCAAUUUUGAAAGUAAGUAUCAAUACAUAAGUAGGAGCUUUAUUUCGUCAGGCAUGAGAGACAAGAAACUUGCUGCUAUGAAGAAUAUGAGACCACAUUCUACAGAUGCCCUGACAGAACAGCUGAGGAAGCUGGUGUCCCUGGACCAGGAGGACAGCCAUCAAACGCUAUACUCCAGGCAGAUUGAUGAAGACUGCCCAAAAGCGCUGGUCAGAAAACUCUCAUCCAGAAGCCAGAGCAGAGUGCGGAAUAUAGCCACCCGUGCCAAGGAGAGGCAGGAGGCCGCCAGCAAGCAAAAAUCUUCUAACACAAGUAGCAUAGCAGGGGUCGUCCUUCGGAACAAGCCCUCAGCAUCUCCUCGCGUUAUCAACAGGCAUUCAACGGGCUCGUACAUAGCCAGGUACCUGAAUGGCUUCCCUGGGGAGGACGUGGAGGGCCGAGGAAUACCGGAGGGCGCGUGCGCUGCUUUGCACUACGGCUGUAGCGACCAGUUGUAUACACACGAUUCUGUUCUGCAGCUGGAACCCAGUAGUGAUGAUAAGCCUGAAAUUUAUUUCCUGCUGAGACUGUAG